UUCCGCAAUAUCGCAAAAAACCCCGGCCCAAAACAAAAUCUACGGUUGCAUCUGUGGACGCAACUCAUUUUAUUUCUACCCGGGCAGGCUAGUAUAAAAUCGUGGAAGGGAUGAAAAAGUAGGUACAGCGUGUAGGAAAUAUAUUUUCUUCUCAAAGAGGGACAUUGUGAGCGAUUUUCCGGGCCGUACAGUGAAAAGCGGAGAUACAGCUGACUACAGUGCCGCUACUCACAUCUAACUGUCUCGGCAACCCCGCAAACAAAAUGGCUGAAGGACAACAAGAAGACAGCGGACAACAAAUCGUGUUUCCCUGCGACUUACCCACCUGGGAUGACCUCAAGUUGCUUCUUCAGGGCCUGAAGACGGUCCAGACGACCGAUGAUCUUGUCCCGGCGUUAGAUCACGUUUACGAGCUCGCCCACUCGCGGCAGAAGGUAUCGAAGCGAGGGAAGCACUCUCGGCGGGCGAGGGGGAGGAAGCCCCCGAAGAGAGACCGAGACAGUCACGUCGCGGGCCUGGCUUGGUUCCUGCAGAACGUCCUCGGCGAAGAAGAGAGACGGGACUUUUUCGGGAAGACCUUGCCGUGUAUAGCAGACAGGGCUCUGGAGCUGGGAGAGUUAAAACCGGCCUCUGGACUGAAAAUAAGUCAGCGACAGAGAGGUGGGUCGGUGGUUCUUCAGCGCCGGUUUGUUGCAUCGGUCGUGGCUCACACGUUCCUCUGCACGUUUCCCAAGGGUCGGAACGCCGCCCUGAACGUCUUCAACUUCACCAGGUUCUUCAACGUCGUUUUCGUGGCUGGAAGGAGGGAGACCCAGGUUGCCAAACUACGCUGCAUCCUGCACUAUUUUGAAAGACUGGCUGAAGACCCUGAAGGACCCCAGGGUAACAUCACCUUCACCAGAAAGGUGGUGAGUGAGGAGCACCUGCCCAGCUGGGACACCUGGCUGUCAUGUGACAAACAGCUGUGUCCAGUCACAGUCGUCCAGCAGGGAGUAAUAGAGGAUUCUGGGAGUCACACUCUCCAGAUGGACUUUGCCAACAAGCUCAUAGGUGGCGGGGUGCUAAAUCAGGGAAGGGUUCAGGAGGAAAUCAGGUUCUGUAUCUGUCCAGAGCUGAUCACUUCUAUGCUGUUUAUGGAGAAAAUGGAUGCCAACGAGGCCAUCCAGAUUGCAGGGUUUGAGCAGUUCUCACACUACACUGGGUAUGGCCGCACCUUGGGGUAUGGAGGAGACUGCAAGGACAAUUCUGAGGUGAAUGCAGAUGGCAACAUUGAGACGACCUUGUGUGCAAUAGAUGCCCAAAACUACAACAGGAGAAAACAUGAUGAACAAUACAAGCAAGGAAAUCUUCUCAGAGAUCUAAACAAGGCUUACGUAGGAUUCAGUCCACCUUUGGAUGAAAGACCACCUGCCAUUGGCCCUGACAGGCAGGACAAGCUUGAAAUUGACCAAUCAUCUUCCUGGUCUGAUGAUGACUUUCACACAGCGUUUGGAAGUUUUGAAGAGGAGCACAACAUAGAAGUUUCUGCCAUGGGGUCUGUAUGGGAAGAUCUGCCGGGGUCUGUAUGGGAAGAUCUGCCGUUCAACAGUGAUGAGGAUGAGCAGGGCGUGGCAAUGGUUCUCAUGGCAACAGACUGGUGCAUGGAUGACAUCACUACAGGUCCGUCUGCCAGUCCUGUAUCUCGCCUCCACCCCAAGCGGAGACAGGAGCGUGCCUUCUCCCCCUCCAGCCAAGAGUCCGGGUCCAGCGAAUACUUCGACGCGGUGGAAAACAUCGAGCUGACCUCUCCUCGAGGUUCCAUCGAGGAGGAGAACAUCCACUUCCGACACCACAUGGUGCAGAAUUUCGCCAUCUCGCUUGCCAAGAACCUCCUACACGAGAGCGCCAUGACGGCGGCGAGCGUGAUGGAGGGGGUGCAGAACUUCGAGAUCCAGGAGCCGUCCCAUGUGACGACCAAGCCCCAGCCGCUCAGGCUCCAGCCAAUCGCCGAGUCCCCCAUCCGGGAAGCCGUGGACGUCGCCAGGGCGUUCGGUGAAGGAAACAGGAAGGUUAUUUCAAUCUUGGACUCGUACGCUGCCAGCGUUGUCAACACUGCCUUUGUAGAUGGCAGCAAACUCUCACAAACAGAAACUGCAGAGGUAGACCAGGCUACAACAGUGGAAGCAGAUUCUUCCGGUGCUGAAGCUUAUCUAGACAAUAGCAUGGAACUCGGUAGCUCGUCUUUUGAAUUUGCCAAGGGAAGUCUUGUCCGUCCGUCGCCACAGAUUGACGAAAGUGUGCAAUAUGAAUCAAUCGCCACCAGGAUCGUUGGCAAGAUUCUAGACGAAGUGUCAGUCUGUGUCACAGCUCCACCAGAGGAGGCUGAUAUCAUUCCGCAUGAUGACAGUAAGGAGGAGGAUGAAAGAUGCACAACAACAGGACAAAGUAAUGGUGAGGACCUCAUAUACACUGGAAAUGAAUACGCAUCUGGCGAUCAAACUGUAGGUGAGAUGGAAGAUACCAUUAGUGAUAUUGUGGGGGAGAUCAGCAUAACAGUUCCCAUUUCAUCAGCAUCUGCCAGUGUGCCGGACACACCCCCACCCUCCCCAGCCACCCCCUCACAGAUAAGAAUGGCCCAAAGUGCCAAGUUAGACCACGGUGAACUGGCUAGUAAGCUUUCGACAACCAUGUUUUCAGUCGAGACUGAAGACCAGUCCGAAGCUGCUGAUGCUCCUUCUGAUGAGAGAAGGGGUUCGGUGUGUGGGAUCAACCAUUUUGCGGAAGACAUGUCGUGGAGCAUCAUGUGUGAAGCGACGUACAAGGCGUCGCAAGUCAGCGACUCCAGACGUAGCAGCAUCUGUAACACCUCCAGCACUUCUGAGUCAAAGCGUACGAGCAUCACCGAAGAGUUCUUUCAGUACCUUGCGGCUCAGAAUUUGAAAUCGGAGGGUAGGUUGUCUCGUCGUGGGAGCGGUGUUGCCAGUGCCUGUAGUUCUAGGAGGUCCAGUGCUUGUAGUGCGAUGGAAGAGUUCUACCAAGCCUUGACUGGGAAGGACUACAUGGAGGAAAAGCGCCGAGGCAGCAAAGCCAGCGACACAAAGGAAAAUGUUUUACUGCUAUGUCCAGAAAGUUUCUCCAGUCCAGCGUUAAGUGAAGGAAGCAAACAUGUGAGGGCUGGAAGGAGGUCUGAGCCACACAUCUCUGUCGAGAUGGCAAUGUUUGGGGCAACGUCUGUAAGCCGCCCAAGAAGCAGCAGUUUGAAGGAACACACCAGUCGAGAAGAGGAUUCAAGCCAAGCACUCAACUUUCCUAACAGCCCACCAAAGAACGGCUUGAGCGCGGGGGGAAGCCCACACAGAGUGAACAGGUUUGCAACCGAUCUGGCUGGAGAUAUCAUCAACAAUUCUCUUUCCUCGCUGCCUGAAAAGAGUGGCGAAGGCGGGAUGACUCCACAAGGAAGGGGAGUGACCGACAAGAGGUCCACCUUCCGUAACAUCUCAUGUACUUCUGACACUGUCGUGACCAGAACGUCAACUCUGACUGAAGCUGGUAUUUCCACAAAAAUGACGUCGUCUAGACGAGGGAGCAUGCCAAGCAUCUCGGAGGAUCCUCUACCAGGCAGAAGAGGCAAGCGUCAAAGUUUACCGUGCACGUUUUCAGAUUCUCUCGUCGAUACCCUAACCCCAGAUGUGCUCGAGGGGUGCCUACUGAUGUCAAGAAACUCUAUCACUGCCAGCUAUGAAAAGAUAGCUGAGGAAAUGUCCAAAGACAUUAUCAAUGCGGUUGCAGAACAUCUUGUAGAACAAGAGGUGACCACACAGCAUGCUGCUGAGCAUAUUGCCCAUACACUCUCCUCCUCCAUUCUACAGGAUGCCUUGGGUAGUGUACAUGAAGCCAAAGAUGACACUGCCCUGGAUUUAGGUAACACCGUGGAAAAGUAUGCAGAGAAUGUGGUCCAAGAAGUCCUAGAAAAUGUUCUGAGCAGGCCCAAGAUUGCAGUUGAUCUGUAUGAUGAGAGCCCGACAACAGAUAGCAGUAUCAGUAUCAUUAGCAGCUCUGAGUUACCUUCUCAGCAGUCGUCUGACAGUUUCUGUGAGGUGGUGCAUGACGAUUUGAAUCUUGUGGGUUCGCUGGGCAGGGGAUGCCCUUCCUGUGUGAGCUCCUCCAGCAGUAUCAGUGUAAUAAGUAACGGCGAAGUCACGGCUACACACCACAUAGAAAGAUACUCAGAAGCUCUUGUGGAGGACAUCUUAAACAUUGCCAAAAAGGAGGCUUUCUCAGGGGAGAAGAGUUCAAGCGUAGAGAACUUCUCAGAACAGGUGGUCACUGGUAUCAUUGGCUCAGUCUUGGAGGAACUGCAGCCAAAGUUUCACGGAGGAGGUCUUGCCUUUGACUCCAAGUCGAUACCAAGUUCUACCAGCAGCUUUGACGUGCUGCACGAAAGGGACUCAAGAUCGUCAAGUUCCAGAAUAUCCAGUUCGUCGGUGGAAAGGUGCACAUCGUCUGAUGACAGUGAAGAGGAGACAACGGUUGCUACUGGUCCUUUCGGGGUGGAUGACCGGAUGCAGUUCUCCACGAGCAGCGUGGAGGUCGCACACGACCUGUCACCAAGCUCUGACGUCAGCACCCCUACCAAACACGGCCUUGUACAGAGACAAGUAUAUGCCGGUAUGGGAGACUCUGUCUUGAGCUCGGCUAGCAGUUUUGAUAUCCUUGGUAACACCCCAACACCGGAGGAUCAGAAGUUCCCCUUCAAGUCACUAGGGGGCGCUGAGAUGUACGAGCAUGGCUCUAGUCCAUCCAGCAGCAGCAUCGGCAUUGUCAGCCCAGAAGAGUGCACAGGAGGUGAACUUGGUAGCAUGACAGCCCAAACCACGUCUGUAGAGGAACUGUCGACAGUACUGGCCAGCAACAUUGUCCAGUCGGCAGUCGGGAGGUUCGUUACCAACGUGAUGUCAGAGUCUAUGAUCAGCUCGACAGGAAGUAUAGAGAUCCUUAGCUCCCCUUCCAUAGAAGAGUUGACGGAAGACCCUGGACCAGGGCUGAAAAUGCUCUCGUCCUUGUUUCGAGUGGACACGGACAGAUUUCCGUCCACUGAGUCCGAAUACUCCUCCGCAAGCAUAGCAGUUUUAGAUACAGUGAGUGAAAGUGGAAUGGAGAAUUCUUCCAUCUCAAACCUGGCGGAAUGUUUAACACAGGAUGUCAUGGUUUCUGCCUUUGAGGAAACCUCUCAUAUGCGUGCCUCCAAGUGGUCUUUGGGAAAACAACAUGAGGUUUCGUCAUCGCUUACUCCAGACAUAGGCGGACCGUGUGAGGGCCAGCCAAUACCAGCAACAUCUGGGGGUGAAAUAUUCAGAACAGUUCCGAGUCUUUCUGCCUUGGCCAGGCAGGAAACCACUAGAUUGUCUACAAGAUACGAGGAUGAGUCCUCUCCACCUCAAGAAACAACGUCCAAUACCGAAGCUGGGGAGGAAACCUCAUCCGUUAGUUCAGAUGAGUGUUCCACGUGGUACCCGCUUGAGGACAUCACACUAACAACCGACCUGCAUACUGAACCAGACAGUGGUGUGACAAAUGUUUCAAACUUGGAGAUGUUUGCCGACUGUAUGGCCUGUGCCAUUGUAACCACAGCAUUUUGUGCUGUUGGUGAUCCUCCCCAGCCAGAAAAUGGGCACACAGACACUUCCCCAGAGGACAGUAGUUUUGGCAUUCUAACUGACAGUCCGGGCGAGCUUGGAGCGCACAGCCAAGAGGAAGAGUUGUUCCAGGAUGAGACAGAAGCUGUCAUGGUCGAAACCUCUCACAGCCUCAUCCCACCGCCCCCAGAUCAGUUCUCAUCAGAAAGCAUUCCUACGGUGGAAGUUGACUUGUGGCGAACUUCUCAAAGAUCGCACUCGUUGCCAAGUAUGAACAGUUUCUGUGAAAAUGUUGCAACUGAUAUUCUCAAUCGUGCAAUGGACUCCGUGCAGAGGCAAGGUGGAACAACCACUGCAGGCAACCGACCAAUUGCCACAGGGAACUGGGGCUGUGGUGCCUUUGGUGGUGACCCCCAGGUCAAGGCCAUGUUGCAGUGGAUGGCUGCCUCCCAUGCUGACUCACCUGAAAUGAUUUACUACUCCUUUGAAAAUAAAGAUGUUGAGCAGCUUGAGGAGGUCUGUGAGCAGUUGAGGAGCAGAGGUUGGCUGGUGGCAGACUUGUGCCAGGCUGUGCAGGAGUACUCUGAGACCAUCAGACCACCAGUUUCUAAGAAAACACCAGACACGGCACCAGCCUUUCAAGACUUCUUUGCUUUCCUGACAAAAAGGGAGUGAAGAACUAUAAUAAUUGCAUUUAUUUUGUACAUUAUGAAGAGUACUGAGCCUUAACAUACAUGUUACACUUAUUGUAUUAGCCUCCUGCGCAGACUUCUAGCGGGGCAGUGUUUUUUUCUAUGAGUGGCUAGAGCAGCGGCUUCUUUUGGGGGAAGAGGGGUCUCCCUCUGAGUCUGUACAGGAGGCUAACACUAACAUAGCAGUCUCUGGUCAGGGUUUUGAUAUUGUAUUUUACCACUAAAACAUCUCUUAGGCCACACUAAUUUAAUUUCUUGGUUAACGGAUUCGCCCGCUUCAU